AGGGGGGAGGGCCGAGGCACGGCGCGGAGCGCAGGCAGCCCGCCUCGCCCCUCGCACAGACACACGCACACAGGGCUCCUUGCAGGGCUUCCGCCCAUGGCCGACAGGAGCCUUAUCGAGGGCGACGAGCCCUUCCACCGCAGGGAGGAGGCUCCGGAGUGGGGUUACGAGGAAGGCGUGGAGUGGGGGCUGAUUUUCCCCGAUGCUAACGGGGAGUACCAGUCGCCUAUUAACCUGAACUCGAGAGAAGCUAAAUACGACCCCUCGCUCCUGGAAGUUCGUCUGUCACCAAACUACGUAGUAUGUCGUGACUGUGAAGUGAUCAACGAUGGGCAUUCGAUUCAGAUUGCCCUGAAGUCAAAAUCAGGUACGGUGAAACACGGCCUUUGCUUUCCCCCUAAACCUUGGGUUGCCUUGAGACCGGCUGUGCUUGUGUCCCGGAGUAUGGGAACAGCAGCUGCUCCCAGCAGCUCGUUCGACAUGGGCUGUGCUGUGUUAAUAGGGGGACCAUUACCUCGAGGACAUGAGUUUGAACUACAUGAUGUUCGAUUUCACUGGGGGAGAGAAAAUCAGCGUGGUUCGGAACACACAGUUAAUUUUAAGGCAUUUCCCAUGGAGCUUCACCUAAUGCACUGGAACUCCACACUGUACAGCAGCAUUGAUGAGGCAGUAGGGAAGAAGCAUGGCAUAGCUAUUAUUGCUUUGUUUGUGCAGAUAGGAAAAGAGCAUGCAGGCCUAAAGGCUGUGACUGAAAUUCUCCAGGACAUCCAGUACAAGGGAAAGUCCAAAACAAUACCCUGUUUUAAUCCCAACUCUUUAUUGCCAGAUCCUCUUCUGCGUGACUACUGGGUGUAUGAGGGCUCCCUAACCAUUCCACCCUGCAGUGAAGGUGUCACCUGGAUAUUAUUCCGCUAUCCUUUGACUGUGUCCCAAGUGCAGAUAGAGGAAUUUCGUAGACUGAGGACACAUGUUAAAGGUGCUGAGCUUUUAGAGGGCUGUGAUGGAAUCCUAGGAGAUAACUUCAGACCAACUCAGCCACUUAGUGAUAGAAUCAUCAGGGCUGCAUUUCAGUAGCAGAAGAGGAAGAAUAACAAAAAUUAAUCUUAUGCAGAGAGGGGGAAGACAAUGCUCCCACAGUGCCCUCAGAUGAGAAAUGGAAACUUUUGAGGCUGCUGCUUCAGUUGAACCACAAAGCCUGUAUUGUUUCUCUUCAUCUAAUUCAGCCAUGAUAGACAGCUGUGACAGUUGGUCUGUCCACAUGGUCCAGUGAAAUUCUGGGAAUGGGGCUGUACAUUAAAAGAAGAAAACACAUUAAAUCUUCCAAUUCACACUGUUAGCUAUUUUUAAAUGGUAAUUAUCAUUGCUUAUAUAGUUUCUUUACCACAGCAUUCAGCAGCAGUCUGUGAUCCAAAUAGUACUAAUUUUAAGCUUGGUAUGAAUGUUAAUAUGUAGACAUACUCAUUAUUGUUUUAAAUGUUAGAUUUAAUUUUUUUCCAUGUCAUCUCUUGUGCUGUUAGUAACCAGCUUGUCUGUAGAGGGGAGAUGCAUUCUAUAAAGCUAAUAAAAGCAUUGUUUGUUCACAGAUAGCAUUAUACAAAUUCAGAAUUAAUUUCUGGGCAGAAAGGAGCAUUUUUCUGCCAAACAUAUGCACUUAACAUGGCUUAUCUAAAUAAAUCUGAAUGACAUUUGCAUUACUAGAAACCUUACUGAAAUAAUGGCUGAUUUUGAAAUAAGGACAUUUAACCAAUAUAACAAUAAACAGAAUCAUCUGGA